CCCCCUUCGCUCUUUCCGGCUUUCCUGCCGCGCAAAGUUUCUCCCAUGGCGCUUAUUAUGGAACCUGUCAGUAAGUGGACCCCGAGCCAAGUGGUGGACUGGAUGAAAGGUCUUGAUGACUGCCUGCAGCAGUAUAUCAAGAAUUUUGAGAGAGAGAAGAUUGGUGGUGACCAACUACUGCGUAUCACGCACCAAGAACUGGAGGAUCUUGGAGUUACUCGAAUUGGUCAUCAAGAACUUAUCUUGGAAGCUGUUGACUUACUCUGUGCAUUGAACUAUGGAUUGGAAACUGAAAACUUAAAAACACUUUCUCACAAGCUAAAUGCAUCUGCCAAAAAUCUCCAGAACUUUAUCGCGGGAAGGAGGAGAAGUGGUCACUAUGACGGGAGGACCAGCAGAAAAUUACCAAACGAUUUUCUUACCUCAGUGGUGGAUCUGAUUGGAGCAGCGAAAAGUCUCCUGGCUUGGCUGGACAGAUCACCUUUUGCUGCUGUGACAGAUUAUUCUGUAACAAGAAAUAAUGUCAUACAACUCUGUCUAGAACUAACAACAAUCGUACAGCAGGACUGCACAGUAUAUGAAACAGAGAACAAAAUACUUCACGUGUGUAAGACUCUAUCCAGCGUCUGUGACCAUAUAAUCUCACUCUCAUCUGAUCCUCUUGUGUCUCAAUCUGCUCACCUGGAAGUGAUCCAGCUAGCAAACAUCAAACCAAGCGAAGGGCUGGGUAUGUACAUUAAAUCAACAUAUGAUGGUCUUCAUGUAAUUACUGGAACAACAGAAAAUUCACCUGCAGAUCGGUGUAAGAAAAUCCAUGCUGGAGAUGAAGUGAUUCAAGUUAACCACCAAACUGUGGUGGGGUGGCAGUUGAAAAAUUUGGUGAAUGCACUACGAGAGGAUCCGAGUGGUGUUAUCUUAACUUUGAAAAAGCGACCUCAGAGCAUGCUUACCUCAGCACCAGCUUUACUGAAAAAUAUGAGAUGGAAGCCCCUUGCUCUGCAGCCUCUUGUACCUAGAAGUCCUACAAGCAGCGUGGCAACACCAUCCAGUACGAUCAGCACACCUACCAAGAGAGACAGUUCAGCCCUCCAGGACCUCUACAUACCUCCUCCUCCAGCAGAACCUUAUAUUCCCAGGGAUGAGAAGGGGAAUCUACCAUGUGAUGAUAUUGGAAGGCACCUAGUGGGAAAGCCAGUACAUAAGGGAUCUGAAUCUCCAAAUUCAUUUCUUGACCAAGAAUAUCGAAAGCGUUUUAAUGUGGUUGAAGAAGAUGCUGUUUUGUACUGUUAUGAAUAUGAAAAAGGAAGAACAAGUAGCUCUGGAAGGAGAGAGAGCACUCCAACCUAUGGCAAGCUAAGACCCAUAUCUAUGCCAGUAGAAUAUAACUGGGUAGGGGAUUAUGAAGAUCCCACCAAGACGAAAAGAGAUAGUAGGAGAGAAAAUUCAUUACUUCGAUACAUGAGCAAUGAGAAAAUAGCUCAAGAAGAUUACAUGUUUCAAAGGAACAGCAAAAAGGACACAGGCAAAAAGUCCAAAAAGAAAGGAGAUAAGAGCAACAGUCCUAGCCAUUACUCUCUGCUUCCCAGUUUACAAAUGGACUCACUAAGGCAAGACAGCAUGAGCACACCUGGGCCUGAAACAUCAUUGUAUCACACAUUUCAACAAUCCUCUCUGCAGCACAAGUCGAAAAAGAAGAGCAAAGGUCUUGCACCAAGUAAGAGUAAAAGGCGGAUUUCUUGUAAAGAUCUUGGUCGUGGAGACUGUGAGGGCUGGCUCUGGAAAAAGAAAGAUGCCAAGAGUUAUUUCUCACAAAAAUGGAAAAAAUACUGGUUUGUUCUAAAGGAAACUUCUCUGUACUGGUAUAUCAAUGAGGAGGAUGAAAAAGCAGAGGGAUUCAUCAGCCUACCAGAAUUUAAAAUUGAUAGAGCUAGUGAAUGUCGCAAGAAGUAUGCAUUCAAGGCCUGCCAUCCUAAGAUCAAAAGCUUUUACUUUGCUGCUGAGCAUCUAGAUGACAUGAACAGGUGGUUAAACAGAAUUAAUAUGCUUGCUGCUGGGUAUGCAGAAAGAGAGAGGAUCAAACAAGAACAAGAUUACUGGAGUGAAAGUGAUAAGGAAGAAGUGGACACACCAUCAACGCCCAAACAAGAUAGCCCACCUCCACCAUAUGACACAUACCCACGACCUCCUUCGAUGAGCUGCGCAAGUCCUUUUGUGGAAGCAAAGCAUAGCCGUCUCUCAUCCACUGAAACUUCCCAGUCACAAUCAUCACAUGAGGAGUUCCGUCAGGAGCCAGUGGGGAGCACUACUGAAUCUCCCAUCCGCAAAACAGCUAGUCAGCGACGUUCUUGGCAGGAUUUAAUAGAGACACCUCUGACAAGCUCAGGACUGCACUAUCUUCAGACUCUACCACUUGAGGACUCGGUUUUCUCUGACUCUGCUGUUAUCUCUCCAGAACACAGGCGGCAAUCAACUCUUCCUACUCAAAAGUGCCAUCUACAGGAUCACUAUGGCCCUUUCCCCUUAGUAGAGGGUGAGAGAAUGCAAGUCCUAAAUGGGAAUGGGGGAAAGCCCCGCAGUUAUACUCUGCCACGAGAUAGUGGGUUCAACCAUUGCUGCCACACACUUUCUGUCAGUACCUCCAGCCAUCAAGAAGAAGUCUCACAGAAAGAGCAAGAGGAAGAAGAAGAAGGGCAAAUAGAAGCAGAAAAUCAAGAAGAUGAAAGCUAAAGCACUGCGAGAGUUGAUAGAACCUCCCCAUGCCAACUCGGAUCCACUUCUCUUGGCACUGAACAGAUUGGACUCAGAGAUUGAUAAACUAUUGGUUAGAGAAUUUAGAUCGGAGAGAAUUGGCACGACGGAGACUCCUCUUCAGCCUCUUGCAAGCAACCUCUAAUGUCCUGCAUUCAGAAAGCCAAUCAAUUCUUCUUGAAUAACUUUGAUGUUUAUAAGCGAGAACUGACUUUAAGAUAUAGACAACCAAAUGCCUGGGUAAAGGGCUCCAGGAAAGUCUUACAAGGGGCAAAGCUUUUGCCAGACCUAUUGCUUUUAUUUUGAAGAAUGCAUCCUUUCUACAGAGGGACUAGGCACAAUAUCAGACCCAGGCUACAUGGAAUACAGUUGCAGAAAAUACUGCCACCAACUUGGGAGAAACAGAAAGGGAAGAGGGUCAUGGCAGGGGAAGGGUUAUGAUGACAUUCAGGUGUGUUCUGCAGUCUUCAAGGAAGGAAAGAGGGAUCAGCUAUAUGGUAAAUAUAAAAUGUGAUUUUGAAAAUGGACUUCCGUUACUUCCAUCCAGACAAAGUGGAAAAAAGCUAAUAUCAUUACUUUUCACAUUAGUCAAGGAAGGUAAUUUGCUGUAUAAUACAAAUUAAAUGUGUUCUGUCAAGUCCAAGCACACAGACUGUUGCAAGACUUGCAGCCCAAUCCUAACUGUGCUUACUUAGGAGCAAAUCCUAUUACUUUCAGUGGAGUUUAGGCUCAAACUAUACAUGAUGGUAGGAGACCCAUUUGUUUGAAUCCAGGUCUGUGCCGAAAAUGUGCACAAAGGACGUGGGAGGAUCCAAUUUUUAAAACGAAAGGCUCAUGUAU